AUGAAGCUGUUCAGUGCCAUCCCUUGGGCCUUGCUGCUCAGCACAGCCACACUGGAUUCAACUGAUGGGCUUCCCUUUAAAGAUAAAAAUUUGUGUGGGGGCUUUUAUGAAGAGGAAUUUGGAGUGAUCCUCCCCUAUCUGGGACAGCACACGGAAUGCCUCUGGAUCAUCAACAUGGACCCAGGUUACAAAGUUCUUUUGGAAGUACGCCAUCUCUACCUCAACUGUGAUAAAGAGUCUCUGGAGAUUAUAGAUGGGCCACCAGAAUCUUCUAGCUCAUGGAAGAUUUGUGAAACUUCAUACAAGGAAUACAACUCUUCUACCAAUAUCAUGACCAUCAAAUACACAAGAAAGCCCAACCACCCUGUCUCUGUCUUCUUAUUACUUUUCCACCGUGUGCUUUAG